AUGGAGGGAACUAUAGUUUCUCGUGAAAUCAUACAACCAACUAUGAACUCAUCAUUGAAACUCUCUAAAUGGAAGCUGUCAUCGGAAGGAUGGAUCAAGGGGCCAAGGGCUUUACGAUGCGAGCAAGGAAGGUGGAUAUUUAGAUUUGUUAAGAGUCUUGGAAAUUGCUUUGUUUUGUCAGUAGAGCUUUGGGCGAUACAUGAGGCACUAAAACAUGCAUGGAGGUUGGACUUUCAUAAGGUGAUUGUAGGAACUGAUAACACUUUGACAUUUCACAUGUUAUCAUCGUUGAAUAUAGCUGCUCGAGGAACUGUCCUUGUUCAUCAUAUUGGAGCUCUCAUUAAACAAGAGUGGGAGGUUCGAAUUACGUUUAUAAGAAGGGAGACGAAUUUGGUGACUGAUAUGCUUGUAGGUUUGACUCGUGGACGUCUUGGAAUCCACACCUAG